UGUGUUCACAGUUGUAAACAGGAAGUGCUGCUUGACGUCAGCGGCUCUGCACAGUGAGGUACACGCGCGAAGUGAUGUGAAUUCAUUUGGGCAGCACAAUAACGUUAGAAAUCAUAGCGGUGUGUAUGUCCUGUGUUUGUGGAGAACAGGAUGGCUCAUAUCACACUGAAUCAGUACCUGCAGCAGGUUCUGGAGGCCAUAGAGAGCAGAGACGGGGCGUUCUGUGCAGAGAUGAUGUCCUUCAAACAUCCACAUGUGGCCAACCCUCGUCUACAGUUGUCCAGUCCAGAGGAGAAGUGUCAGCAGCUGCUGGUGCCACCGUAUGAUGAGAUGGUGGCCGCUCAUCUCAGAUGCACAUUCGCUGUGUCCAAUCAUGACUUUGUAGAGGCCUACAAAUGUCAGACGGUGGUCGUUCAAUCAUUUCUGAAAGCAUUUCAGGCGCAUAAAGAGGAGAACUGGGCACUGCCGAUCAUGUUUGCUGUGACGCUUGACCUUAGGAUAUUUGCCAAUAAUGCAGAGCAGCAGCUGCAGUCGAAGGGGAAGGGGAAGGUUGGAGACAUGCUGGAGAAAGCAGCUGAACAACUCAUGAGCUGCUUUAGAGUGUGUGCCAGUGACAAUCGCGCUGGGAUCGAUGACUCAAAGAAAUGGGGAAUGUUGUUCCUGAUCAAUCAGCUCUUCAAGAUCUAUUUCAAAAUUAAUAAGCUGCACCUCUGUAAGCCACUGAUCCGCGCCAUCGACAGCUCCAACCUGAAGGAUGAUUACAGCACGGCUCAGCGUGUCACAUACAAAUACUAUGUGGGCAGGAAAGCCAUGUUUGACAGUGAUUUUAAACAAGCUGAGGAGUAUUUGUCGUUCUCCUUCACUCACUGCCAUCGCUCCUGUCAGAGGAACAAGAGGCUUAUCCUCAUCUACCUGCUGCCCGUCAAGAUGCUGCUGGGUCACAUGCCUACACAUCAGCUGCUGAAGAAGUACGACCUUAUGCAGUUUGCUGACGUCACCAAAGCCGUGAGCGAGGGGAACCUCCUGCUCCUCAAUGAAGCUCUAGUCAAACAUGAGACCUUCUUCAUCCGUUGCGGCAUCUUCCUCAUUCUGGAAAAGCUGAAGAUCAUCACCUACAGGAACCUCUUCAAGAAAGUGUACCAUCUGCUGAAGACCCAUCAGCUUCCUCUGGACGCCUUCCUGGUGGCACUGAAGAUGAUGAAGGUGGAUGAUGUGGACAUCGAUGAGGUUCAAUGCAUCCUUGCCAACCUCAUCUACAUGGGUCACAUCAAGGGUUAUAUUUCCCAUCAGCACCAGAAGCUGGUUGUCAGCAAGCAGAAUCCAUUUCCUCCACUGUCCAGUGUAUCCUAACCAUCGGCUUUCCGGAAUGCACCUGUUGCUCUACAAUCCUGUCAAACAUCCUGUCAAACAUGCUAGUUCACAACUUUUAGAACUAAUUUUAUGUUAACUUUCUUUUUUUAUUGAAUGAAUGUCAAAUAAACAUCACACUGUUUUGUA